GUUCAAUGGUCUUCUUUACUUCCGCUGAGAGGUCUCUUUGAGCUAACGUGAAAUGCCGUGUCUUUCUUUCGUGGCUCCUAAUGUCUUUAUAGAUUCGAUGCUGGCCGUCGAAGCACAGGAUGGCCGGAUAUUUCUGCACGACAGCAGGGGUCGGUUCCGGGAGACAUUGGUGCAGGAACCAGUAAUGGAGACAUCUCGAUCGGGAACCCAAAGAUGUGUUUUGUCGUGGGCACCAAAACCGCAGCGAUUGUACUUUGCGAACGGUCAGAAGGUCAUGACAUGGGAUUCAACAUUACGCCGCACAGCCGAGACAUUUGAGAUGGCAUCGAGGAUCAAUGCACUGGCAAUCAACUCGGAGGAUAUCUUGCUGGCCGUCGGACAAAACUCUGGAAGUGUGGAUGUCGUCAAUCGCGCGACAGGGGUCAGCGCGAGGCUUGAAACGCCAUCAUCACUGAUCAUGGCAAAGCUCGAGUACUCUGUGUUCAGUCGAUCAAUAUUAGGUGGCAUAGGCAAUGAUGGCGUCUUACGGCUAUGGGACACUGGAUCGAAUGGAUCGACAACCAUGUAUCACAGCUUCACUAUGACGCACGAGGUCCCGAUAAGCGGCAUGGCCUUUAGUCCCUUCAAUCGAUAUCUCAUUUGCACAGCUGGACUGGACAAACGAUACGCGCUUUAUGAUGUCGAGAAGAAGAACGUUGUCAAGAAUACGUUGACAGAAUAUGGACUGACCUCAGUCGCGUUCAAGAACGACGGGAUCUCGAUGGCGUUUGGGACGGAUCAAGGAAAAGUAUUGCUGUACGAUCUGCGAUCGACAAGUCGACCCAUUUCAAUUGUAGACACCCGCGUCGAUGCCCCGAUCACGGCGGUUCACUUCCAGGGGAAACAAUCCUCGAGUUCCUCGUCGAUGAAGCGACAUCAGACCAUUAAUGGACAUGCACUCAAAAGACAGAAUUCUGCAGGGUCCAAGACAUCCAUUUUUUCAAUUAAGGAUUCAUUGGUAUCUGCACCAGCAAGAUCUCCGUCAACAGCAGGAGCAGAAGGCGCAGUUCAGAAUGCAACAGAGACGGUCGGCCAUGGUGCAACAUCGACAUCUGGGAGGCCGAUCCCGAUCAAAACAGCAACACUGAGCCAUCCAACAUUGAGCCAAUUCACAACUGGCAAUGGUUCAUCUUCCUAUGAUGUACGAGAGGUACAAUCUGUAGGCGUCAGCAGUAAGGGAGGCAUCUUCGAUCUGUUAUCAUCCAAGCGCAACAAUAGCGGCUCAGAUUCCGCGGUAGCAGCAACAGCAGUGCAAGAAAAGAUUUUAUUUAAACCCAGACGACCGACAGCGCCAUCAUCCGUCUCAACAACAGCCAACAGCACUACUAUUACAGGCAAUGGUUCAGCAGCAUCCUUGUCCUCGAAACCCGUGACUGCAGGAGCUACGUUGCCAGGACCAUCUUUAUCAGCUAGCGGAGUCCGCAGCAAUGGCGGCAGCGGUUCCGGAAAAGGGAUUGGGUCAGCGCCAACAACACCAAUCAAAGAACAAGUGAAUCCAUUCGGUAGCGGUACUACGGGCAGCUAUCCUAACUCAAGGACGGUCUCACCGUUUGCGUUCCAAGUUAUGCAGUCGCGCUCACCCUCAGGGGACGAUACAUCCACGUCAUCUUCAUCCGUCAACACCCCACCCAGAUCUCCAUCAGGUCCAUCAGAGCAAAGUCAUCAGAAGCACCACCAUUAUCAGUACCCAUCCAUCGAUGACCAGCCUUCGGCUUCAAAAUCAUCAUCGUCGAGGGUUUCAAGCGUAAAGCGUCGGAAAUCGUUCGGAACGCUCAUGGCUUCGGGAGGGGCUGCUUCUGUAUCGUCGACGCCUGAUGCGAUAAUGAUGUCGGAUGAGAAAAUGGAGUUAUUGAGGGGACAGAUCGUCGAUCGGGUCAAGAACGUGUUGUUGGAUCAGUCUGUGGAACGUUCACCGUCACCGCCAGUGGCAGCAGAAACAUCGCAGCAACAGCAGCAGCGUGGAUCGAAAUCGACGGCACCAGUGGUGCAGGAUCUGUGGAUGCAGGUCGGCCUUGAAGGCGGAGAAGGGAUGAACAGGCCGGCGUCGUCGUCUAUGAGAACUCAAUUUUCGUUUCUGGCUCAGUCAGCAUUACCUCCACCCUUGUCCUCCUCCAGCACUGCAAAGGCCAAUACCAACGGCAAUAUGAUGGCAAUAGACCCCUUACCGUCAACUUCAAUAUCGUCAACUUCACUACAAUCCAAGGUUCUAGAGAGCGUGGUUGACGGGUGUCUGAUGGAAUUCCGGGCAAUGGUCCGGAACGAUCUCCAAAACAUGCACCUGGAAAUCCUGCGACAAUUCCAGAUCCAAAAGAUAGAGAUGGAGACGCUUCUGAAGAAAUAUACCGAAGAUCUCUGGGAGGAGAAUCAGCGUUUGCAGGAAGAGAAUCGGCGACUCAAGACGAAUUAUUAAAGUAACGGAUUGGGAAGGACGUAACUGCAAUCCUUUGUACAGCAAUAAAACAAGGGUGUCGGCGAAUGCAUUUGUGCGCGCAGUAUGAGUUCUCUCGAUCUCACUGCAGAUGAGAGUGCAAUGGCGCCACUAUGAUGCUGUUACCCUGAUAGUGAGACGAUGGUUGCCUACAGCCUUCAGGCACGCAUUGAAUGAUGAACACCAUGGGGAGG